AUGUCUCCUCUGUUUCCACUCAUCCUCCUUCAAAUAACCGUGGCCGCCGCGCAACUCCGGCCCGGCCAUUACUCGAAAACGUGCCCGGGAGCCGAAUUCGUGGUCCGGGAUGUCAUGGAGAAGGCUCUGAUUAGAGAGCCCCGGAGCCUUGCCUCUGUCAUGCGCUUCCAAUUCCAUGACUGCUUUGUUAAUGGUUGUGAUGCUUCUAUGUUACUUGAUGACACAACAACCAUGCUCGGAGAAAAACUUUCCCUUUCAAAUAUAAAUUCACUGAGAUCUUAUGAAGUUGUUGACGAAGCCAAGGAAGCUUUGGAGAAGGUCUGCCCUGGAGUUGUUUCAUGCGCAGAUAUCAUAAUCAUGGCCUCAAGAGAUGCUGUUGCCCUGACUGGAGGACCCAAUUGGGAAGUGAAGCUAGGAAGAUUGGAUAGCUUAACAGCUAGCCAAGAAGCCUCGGACAACAUUAUGCCAAGUCCAAGAGCCAAUGCAAGCCUCCUCAUUGACCUGUUUGGAAAAUUUAAUCUAUCUGUCAAGGACCUCGUUGCCCUUUCUGGGUCACACUCCAUUGGCCAGGGUCGGUGCUUUUCCAUCAUGUUUCGGCUGUACAACCAAUCCGGCACAGGCAGGCCAGACCCGGCCUUUGAACCAAAGUUUAGAGAAAAGCUAAACAAGCUUUGCCCGCUAAACGUGGACCAGAAUGUGACCGGAGACCUUGAUGCUACACCUUUUGUAUUUGAUAACCAGUACUUCAAGGACUUGGUUGCAGGGAGAGGGUUUCUGAAUUCAGAUCAAACACUUUUCACAUUUCCACGAACAAGGAAAUUUGUGAAGCAGUUUAGCAUUAACCAAAGCGAAUUUUUCGAGGCCUUUGUUGAAGGGAUGAUAAAGAUGGGUGACUUGCAGUUGGAGCAGCCUGGGGAGAUAAGAAGAAAUUGUAGGGUGGCCAACAGUCGUUCUGUCAACACAUUCUGA